CAAACACCAACGCCAGACUUAUCCUAAUCCGAAAGGAAAGCUUGAUUACCUAUAAAAGCCCCAUUUUCUUCGAUACAGGCGCAAGAAACUGCAACCCCAUUACCCAUAAUUAUUUAUUCUUUUGUUUCCAUUAUUUUGAGCUCUCGCUUUGUCUUCAAGGCUACUUGAACAGCGAUUCUAAGCCAAAGCCAAAAACACUUUGAACGCUUUUUCUUUGUCGCUGAAUUUUCUUGUGUUUUCUUUUCAAUUUAAAGGUGCCGUAUACUCUUUUCCUACUUAAUUCUAUACUUUAUUUUUUUGAGUUCAAUUAUUGUCUGGCUCUGUGUUGACGAAAUGGCUUCUCUUAAUCUAACCUCUCAAUCUCAAUCUUUAUUUAACAAAACCCACCUCCAAGUAUCCCCAUCUCUCUCUCUUUCCACUGCUAUCCAAUCCGGUUUUGUACCCAAAAGAGCUUCUUUUCAGUUUCAAGUCCCGGUAACUCCGAGAAUUGUGAAUAUGCCCUUGAAAGCUGCUGCUAUUGUGUCCUCCACCACUGCGGAGAAACCCCAAAAGCGCUACCCAGGUGAGGCUAAGGGGUUUGUGGAGGAGAUGAGAUUUGUGGCGAUGAAGUUGCAUACCAGGGAGCAGGCUAAAGAAGGGGAGAAGGAGGUUGAGAAGCCGGAGGAGCGGGCUGUUCCCAAAUGGGAACCUUCCGUAGAGGGUUACUUGAGGUUUUUGGUGGAUAGCAAGUUGGUUUAUGAUACUCUUGAAUCCAUUGUUGAUAAGGCGGCUUAUCCUUUUUAUGCUGAGUUCAAAAACACUGGAUUGGAAAGGUCUGAAAAGCUGGCAAAAGAUUUGGAGUGGUUCAAAGAACAGGGCUAUGUCAUUCCAGAAGCCUCUUCUGCUGGUGCCAGUUAUGCACAGUGUCUGAAAGAACUGUCAGAGAAGGACCCUCAAGCUUUUAUUUGUCACUUCUACAAUAUAUAUUUUGCCCACAGUGCUGGUGGUAGAAUGAUUGGGAAGAAGGUGGCUGAGAAGAUACUUAACAAAAAGGAAUUGGAGUUCUAUAAAUGGGAUGGUGACCUAAAACAACUGUUGCAGAAUGUUAGGGACAAGUUAAAUAAAGUUGCUGAGAGCUGGACUAGAGAAGAGAAGAACCAUUGUUUGGAAGAAACUGAAAAGUCAUUCAAAUAUUCAGGGGAGAUCCUUCGUCUAAUAUUAUCGUGAUGUGGAUAGUUCCUUGAUCUCCUUGUAAUGUUGUGUAACCAUGCGCAAGCUUAAGUAUCCAAGUUUAUAUCGAAAACAUUUUAUUUUUCUUUGCAGCAGUAUUCUUCAGUGAAAUCAAAAUGCUGUUCUUGUACAUUAUAACUUCAUCUAUGACAUGAAUAAAUUAGGAAUAUGAACAUUGAUCAAGCCAUUAUGAUAAUAUGGCAGAUUUUUUUUUCUUUA